AUGGGCCUCCAUCUGUCUCAACUAUGCCGAAAGCCUGCUGAAAGGGGCCGAGAAGUGAAGAAAGCGGCUUCAAAUCCGGAUUUUACGCAAGAGAAAGUGUUCGCUGUGCUGAACGAUUACCUGGGGCCCGAAAGCCCAUUGCCACUCGAUCUGGCUGUAGAGUAUCUAUUGAAGCUCUUGCCUAUAGAUGCCCCUGAUUCCGAGGAGAUUUGCAGAUUUGGAGAAGACUGCUUUGAGCUUGCUGAGAUGGCUUCAUAUAAGACUUCCACACAUUCACGAUUGGCCCAAUUGCUCGAGGCCCUCGGUCUUUCGAGUCACUUCACAUUCCUGACCCAAGAGAAUGGUAGAGUGUGGCGUUUCAAUCUGCUCAAACAUUCAAUGGAAGACUUCUGCGCGGGUCCUGACAGCGAAAACCCCGAAAGAUACGUCAACUACAAUUCAUUCCUGGCUCACUUAUAUGAACAUCGCAUCUUUCCGACUGAUCCUACAUAUGCUCUGUGGGCUAUGCGUGCCGCCUUUGAAGACGACAGAAGCCAUGAAGCGAAGGAAGUGCGCAGCUCUUGGGUUCUGGGAGCAUCGCAGUGGAUUCUAUGGAAUGGACAGAGUAUAUUUAAUCUCAUACUAGAGCCAGCUCUCUAUGAUGUCACAUAUGAGACUUGGCCGGAUCGGGGGGCUUGGGAUGCUGGUGCUCUCUACCGUGGCGCUACUGGUCUGUCUCUUGAAAGGUGGCAGUUUUGGAAGCGGCGGUUCGGGGAGGUCUGCCAGGACUGUGAGGUUACUGAUGAGUGCAAGGGGGUAUCUGCUAGAGCCAUGGCGAUGAUGGAUUUAUUUGAAAAGCAUAUGAUGUUUUAG